CGCCCCGCAGGAGACGCUGUAGUCGGCGGUAGGCGGUGGCGCCGCGCCCGCUCUCGCCCGCUCUCGCCCGCUCGCCGGCCGGCUCUCCUCCAGCCGCAGCACCGGCGGGCCGCGCUCCGGGGGUCAUGCAGCGCCUGGCCAUGGACCUGCGGAUGUUGUCCCGGGAGCUCUCCCUCUACCUGGAGCACCAAGUCCGGGUGGGGUUCUUUGGCUCGGGGGUGGGCUUAUCCCUCAUUCUGGGCUUCAGCGUCGCUUAUGCCUGCUACUACCUGAGCAGCAUUGCCAAGAAACCCCAGUUAGUGACGGGGGGUGAGAGUUUCAGCCGCUUCCUUCAAGACCACUGUCCCGUGGUGACAGAAACGUACUACCCGACGGUCUGGUGCUGGGAGAGUCGAGGACAGACCCUGCUUAGACCUUUCAUCACUUCGAAGCCCCCGGUGCAGUACAGGAAUGAACUUAUUAAAACUGCAGAUGGAGGACAGAUUUCACUGGACUGGUUUGAUAAUGAUAACAGUACGCGUUAUAUGGAUGCCAGCACGAGACCUACUAUCUUAUUGUUGCCUGGCCUCACUGGAACAAGCAAGGAGUCAUAUAUCCUUCAUAUGAUCCAUCUUAGUGAAGAAUUAGGAUACAGAUGUGUGGUUUUUAACAACAGAGGAGUGGCGGGGGAGAAUCUCUUGACGCCAAGGACUUACUGUUGUGCUAACACUGAAGACUUGGAGACAGUUAUUCACCAUGUACACAGCCUGUACCCUUCUGCUCCUUUCCUGGCAGCAGGGGUUUCAAUGGGAGGAAUGCUGCUUCUAAAUCGCCGAAUCCACCCCACCAUCGGGCCUCGCCCAGGAGGCUGUGGCAUUACAGAGCACAUCGAGCCCCACACAUGCGCGGCACCCAAACCUUUCCUGCCUUGCUGUACUGUCACAGAAUAUCGAGAUUUGAUCGACAAAGAUAUGCGGAGCCAGCCUGGCCCACUACGAUCCAUUUUUAUUGCUCGUGAUUUGAUGAUUCCAAUGGCGGACAAGUACUCGCCUAGAACGCUGACCAACUUACGCGCCUUGACCGCACCAGUCUUACGGAAAAACGUGAACACGCUGUGCCCGGAGCGCCGGUGGCUCACACCUUUUGAUUUCUGUUUAUUAGACAUGAUGAAGAGAUAUGCUUUUCCUAACAAAAACUUAAUGAUUAUAUUUUUCUCUCUCCUUCUUCUCUCUUAUUGCCACCCUGUUUGGGCUGAAGCUAUUCCAAUAGAAACUGCUAAGCAAAAUCCUAAUGUUGCUUUGGUCCUUACUUCUUAUGGAGGCCAUAUUGGUUUUCUGGAGGGAAUCUGGCCAAGGCAAUCCACUUACAUGGAUCGUGUCUUCAAGCAGUUUGUGCAAGCCAUGGUUGAGCAUGGACAUGAACUCUCUUAACAUGUAGUUCUUCGGGUGCAUUUUGUCUGAACCACAAUUGUGAAGGCAGCUCAGCUUAGUGCACAGAUUUUAACUACCGUAUAUAAGGCAAAUAAGCCAGCAGAUGGGUGAAGAGGUCCAGAACGAUAUGCAAAAACUACUUUUUAGAGAAACAAAACAACUUUGUAGCAACAAAUUAAAUAUAGUAUUAGAUUGUUACUCGUGUAGAUUUUAUUUUUACUAUGCCUUACCAAGUACAUCCUUAAAGUAGUAUGUACAUGAAAUUGCACUUAACCAAAACUAUUGUGUACAAAAAAUUUUAAUUCCUCAGGGUUUUAAUUUAAACUAGUAUUUUUUUAGAUUAUUCGUUUUAGGUGAUUUAAUGGUACUUUAAUAGCUGCUGAGAAAUGUUGGCUAUUUGAAUGUAAGUUAUAAGGUGGUACAUUCCUAAGGGUAUUUAUAGUUAAUGAUGAUAACAUGGAAACUGAAAUAAAAUACAAUGCGCUAAAUCUUUUGUGUAUUCUAACUUUAAAAGACAAGUGCAACAAUGUUAGACUGACUUCUAUAUGUGCUCUUUUACUCUGAUAAUAUUAGGGCUAACUUAUGUUUUAUAAUGAUUAUAAUUUACAUGCUUAUUUUUAAAAUAGUAUAUGUGGACGCAUAUAUAUCAUUAUAUUAAAAUAAAUUCUACCAUUUUAAAUUGG